CAGCGCUGGGAAAGAUGGCGGUGGUGGGCAACGCGGUUCUUUGCGGAGCCCGGCCUGGCGGGGCCCGGGGCAACGGGUCUCCUCAGCCUGGGUCGCGAUUGCGGCCGGGCCUAGCUGCCGGGCCAGCGCUCAUAGCGAACGGCGACGAACUGGUGGCCGCCGUGUGGCCGUACCGGCGGCUGGCGCUUCUGCGGCGCCUCACCGUGCUGCCGUUUGCCGGGCUGCUGUACCCAGCCUGGCUGGGCGCCGCCGCCAGCGGUUGCUGGGGAUGGGGCAGCAGCUGGACCCAGAUACCCGAGGCCGCGCUGCUGGCGCUCGCCACCAUCUGCCUCGCACACGCACUCACUGUCCUGUCGGGGCAUUGGUCUGUGCACGCGCACUGCGCGCUCACCUGCACCCCGGAAUAUGAUCCCAACAAAGUAACCUUUGUGAAGGUGGUGCCAACCCCCAACAAUGGCUCCACUGAGCUGGUGGCCCUGCACCGUGACAAGGGUGAAGAUGGGCUGGAGGUGCUGUCAUUUGAAUUCCAGAAGAUCAAAUAUUCCUAUGAUGCCCUGGAGAAAAAGCAGUUCCUCCCGGUGGCCUUCCCAGUGGGGAAUGCCUUCUCUUACUAUCAAAGCAACAGAGGCUUCCAGGAAGACUCAGAGAUCCGAGCUGCAGAGAAGAAGUUUGGGAGCAACAAGGCUGAGAUGGUGGUGCCCGACUUCUCCGAGCUUUUCAAGGAGAGAGCCACAGCCCCUUUCUUCGUGUUUCAGGUAUUCUGCGUUGGGCUCUGGUGCCUGGACGAGUAUUGGUACUACAGUGUCUUCACUCUGUCCAUGCUGGUGGCUUUCGAAGCUUCCCUAGUGCAGCAGCAGAUGAGGAACAUGUCAGAGAUCCGAAAGAUGGGCAACAAGCCCCAUAUGAUACAGGUCUACCGCAGCCGAAAGUGGAGGCCUGUCGCCAGCGAUGACAUUGUUCCUGGGGACAUCGUGUCUAUCGGCCGCUCGCCCCAGGAAAACUUGGUGCCCUGUGAUGUACUGCUGCUACGGGGCCGCUGCAUUGUAGACGAGGCCAUGCUCACUGGAGAAUCUGUGCCACAAAUGAAGGAGCCCAUUGAAGACCUGAGCCCAGACCAUGUCCUAGACCUGCAGGCCGAUGCUCGGCUGCAUGUCAUCUUUGGGGGCACCAAGGUGGUACAGCACAUUCCCCCGCAGAAGGCCACCUCGGGCCUGAAGCCGGUCGACAAUGGAUGUGUGGCCUUUGUCCUGAGAACUGGGUUCAACACAUCCCAGGGCAGACUACUGCGUACAAUUCUCUUUGGGGUAAAGAGGGUCACUGCAAACAACUUGGAGACCUUUAUCUUCAUCCUCUUCCUCCUGGUGUUCGCCAUUGCUGCAGCUGCGUAUGUGUGGGUUGAAGGGACCAAGGACCCCAGCCGGAACCGUUACAAGCUCUUUCUGGAGUGCACCCUCAUCCUCACCUCUGUUGUACCCCCUGAACUGCCCAUUGAACUGUCCCUGGCUGUCAACACCUCCCUCAUCGCCUUGGCCAAGCUCUACAUGUACUGCACAGAGCCUUUCCGGAUCCCCUUCGCUGGCAAGGUCGAAGUGUGUUGCUUUGACAAGACGGGUACCUUGACCAGUGACAGCCUGGUGGUGCGAGGCGUAGCAGGGCUGAGAGAUGGGAAAGAGGUGACCCCAGUGUCCAGCAUUCCCAUAGAAACACACCGGGCCCUGGCCUCCUGCCACUCGCUCAUGCAGCUGGAUGACGGCACCCUAGUGGGUGACCCUCUGGAAAAGGCCAUGCUGACAGCUGUGGACUGGACGCUGACCAAAGAUGAGAAAGUAUUCCCCCGAAGUAUUAAAACUCAGGGGCUGAAAAUUCACCAGCGCUUUCAUUUUGCCAGUGCCCUAAAGCGAAUGUCUGUGCUCGCCUCCUACGAGAAGCUUGGCUCCACUGACCUCUGCUACAUCGCGGCUGUGAAGGGGGCCCCCGAAACCCUGCACUCUAUGUUUUCUCAGUGCCCACCUGACUACCACCACAUCCACACUGAGAUCUCUCGGGAAGGAGCCCGUGUCCUGGCUCUGGGAUACAAGGAGCUAGGACAUCUCACACAUCAACAGGCCCGGGAGAUCAAGCGGGAGGCACUGGAGUGCAGCCUCAAGUUUGUGGGCUUCAUCGUGGUCUCCUGUCCGCUCAAAGCUGACUCCAAGGCUGUGAUCCGAGAGAUCCAGAAUGCAUCCCACAGGACAGGCCAGCCAUGUGAGUGGCGCUCCAUUGAUAGCAGCAUCGUUCUGCCUCUCACCCCGGGCUCCCCCAAGGCACUGGCCUUGGAGCACGCGCUAUGCCUCACAGGCGAUGGCUUGGCUCACCUGCAAGCUGUGGACCCCCAGCAGCUGCUCUGCCUCAUCCCUCAUGUGCAGGUGUUCGCCCGUGUGGCCCCCAAGCAGAAGGAAUUUGUCAUCACUAGCCUGAAGGAGCUGGGUUAUGUGACCCUUAUGUGUGGAGAUGGCACCAAUGAUGUGGGCGCACUGAAGCACGCUGAUGUGGGUGUAGCCCUCCUGGCCAAUGCCCCUGAGAGGGUUGUAGAACGGCGACGACGGCCAAGGGACAGCCCUGUUCUGAGCAACAGUGGCCCCAGAGUCUCCAGGUCCACCAAACAGAAGUCGGCACUCCUCUCUCCUGAGGAGCCACCAGCCUCCCACAGGGACCGCCUGAGCCAGGUGCUGCGGGACCUGGAGGAGGAGAGCACCCCCAUCGUGAAGCUGGGGGAUGCCAGCAUCGCAGCACCCUUCACCUCCAAGCUGUCCUCCAUCCAGUGCAUCUGCCACGUGAUCAAGCAGGGCCGGUGCACAUUGGUGACGACGCUGCAGAUGUUCAAGAUCCUGGCCCUCAAUGCCCUCAUCCUGGCAUACAGCCAAAGUGUCCUCUACCUGGAGGGUGUCAAGUUCAGUGACUUCCAGGCCACACUGCAGGGGCUGCUGCUGGCCGGCUGCUUCCUCUUCAUCUCCCGCUCCAAGCCUCUCAAGACUCUUUCCCGAGAGCGGCCCCUACCCAACAUCUUCAACCUGUACACCAUCCUUACGGUGAUGCUGCAGUUCUCUGUCCACUUCCUGAGCCUGGUCUACCUGUACCGUGAGGCCCAGGCACGCAGCCCUGAGAAGCAGGAGCAGUUUGUAGACCUGUACAAGGAGUUUGAGCCGAGCCUGGUCAACAGCACUGUGUACAUCAUGGCCAUGGCCAUGCAGAUGGCCACCUUCGCCAUCAACUACAAGGGUCCACCCUUCAUGGAGAGCCUUCCUGAGAACAAGCCCCUGGUGUGGAGUCUGGCAGUGUCAUUGCUGGCUAUCAUUGGCUUGCUCCUUGGUUCCUCACCUGACUUCAACAGCCAGUUUGGCCUUGUGGACAUCCCUGUAGAGUUCAAGCUGGUCAUCGGCCAGGUCCUGGCCCUGGACUUCUGCCUGGCACUCCUGGCUGACCGUGUCCUACAGUUCUUUUUGGGGACUCCGAAGCUGAGAGUGCCUUCCUGAGAAGAUGGUGCUGGUAUCCACUGCCUACCCUGGCUGCCACUGAACAGGAAAACCACCGCUGCCCCAGGAGGGAGCACUGCUCCCAUCUCCACAGUGAGGCAGCCCUGCCUUGCUUUUGGAAGACUGAGUUGGGACCCUUGUGGGCAUCCGCUGGCCGGGCUAGUAGAAGAGUCCUGGCUAGCACCUUUGGUAAAUAAAUCGGCGUCUGCAAUUUUA